AUGGCUGCUGGGCGCUUAGCGCUUCGACCCAACGCUCGACGCCGCGUACCGCGUCGGCCCAAAGUCCCGCGCAGCCGCCUUCGUAAAGAGUCGGAGAGCUUUGAAGGACGGUCGGAUUGGGCGGAGAGCGAGGAGGAAGAGGAGCAAGAGGGCACAGGGGAGGAAAAUCCAGUAUGGGCGGAAGCAGAAGAGACGACGGGAGGUGGCGGUGGCGGAAAGAGUGAUCGAGAGGACGGUGCCGACAGCGGCGAAGAGGGCAGUGUGGCGUCGCAAUCGACAUACCUCAUGCUCAACCCAUUCGCCGUGCGCGAGGAGGUACAGCCCGUUCUGGAGGCCGCCGUGGCGCUGGGGCUGGACUUGGCUGACGGGGCGGAGAGCGGCGGGGCGGGCGGAGAGGGCGGGGAGGUGGCGGCGGCGGAGUUCUACUCGGCGGUGGACCGCGUGAGGGACGCGGUGGGCGCCAUGGAGGCGGAGAUCGAGCGCAGCCGACAGCUUCUCAUGUCAGCCAUGGAGGUCCUUGCGGCCCCUUUCGACAAGCACGUUGGAGCAGUCGAUGCACUGGAAUGCUUCCCCCCCACGGCCGCCACCUCCCCCUCCGCGCGUGGCGGACUGCCGCCCCUCCCCGAGCUGCGCUGUCCCCCCUCACCCUCCUCCGCCUACGCGCUCUCCGGCUGCGAGGGCUCGGCGCGCUGGGGGGAGCGUGCGGCGGGGAGCGAGAUGGUGGCGCGGCUGCAGGCGAUGGCGAAGCGGCUGUUCGAGAACGGCGAGCGGCACACGCUGUUCCACACGUACAAGCGACGGCGGGGCGCCGUGGUGCGCGCAGCGCUGGCGGCAGCGGGAGUGGGAGUGGAGGAGCGGGAGGGGGCGGUCCAAGCGGAGUGGUCGUGGGAGGAGGCGGGGCAGCGGCUGAGGGAGUGGCGCGCGCACCUCCGAUUUGGACUGGCGCUGUGCUUGGCGGAGCAGCGGCUGAGCGAGGCGGUGCUGGGCGGCAUGGGGCAUCUGCGGCAGGAGUGCGUGGACGACCUCCUCGCGCCCUCCUUCGCCGCGCUGCUCGCCCUGCCAACCCGCCUCGCCGCCUCGCCCCCCUCGCUGCACGCGCUGCUCCACGCGCUCUCCACCUUCCACGCGCUCAGGGACGGCUACCCGCAGGUGGCGGAGCUGUACCCGCGGCGCACGCAGAGGCAGCGGCGGCAGUACCUGGAGGUGCUGGCGCGCGUGGCGGGCUUGGCGAGGAGCGCCUUCCUCGCCACUGAGACCGCCUGGUCCCACCCCUCCCUGCUCGCGCUGCUGCUGGACGGGCAAGCUUCGGGGCAGGGCAAGGGGCAGGCCACGGGACAGGGGCAGGAGGAGGGAGGGACGCAGGCAGGGAGUGAGAGGGGCGAGGAGAAGGAAGGACCGGUGGUGAUAACGGCGCUGACGCAAGCGGAUGCAGGCGAUGGUGGCUCUCAGCAAGGGGGUGCAGCUGAGGCUGAGAAGGUGGAGGCGGAGGGAGGCGAGGGCGGUGGUGGGAGUGGAGAGGGCACGGCGGACACGGCUGUGGCAGCAGCAGGUGGCGACACCGCUGGGCAAGCAGGCAUGGGCGUGGGGCAGCGCAAGGGACGCAGUCUCUUGCUGCGCUUCCGUGCUUGCCUUCCACGCAUGCCCUUCAUGUCUGCUCUCUUUGUUAUCGCUUGGAGCGUAUGCAUUCUCGGGAGGAAGCACCGUCUGCAAAGUUUCUUCCUGUCCUUGCAAGUUCAAGACCUCGCCCUUCCCAUCUCCCUGGUGGCAAACCCUCACCCUGUUUCUCCCUCUGGCCUCGUUCCACCUGCCCCGUCGAUUCCACCCGCCCUUUCACUCCGCAGCUUUCUGUCAGUGCGGCCACCGCAGGCGGCACCCCAGGCGGCAGCGACAACAGCGGGGGGGCGAGGGGCGGGAGUGGCGGCAUGCUUCCAGCCCAUCACGGGCGCCGUGGACCCCGUCACACUGCGCCUCCUCGACACCUUCCACCUCCUCUGCUCCCACGACCUGCCGUACCGCCGGCUGCUGGAGGAGGUGUUGGACACGCACCCCACCCCGCCGCCCGCUGCCUCCCACGCCUCCUCCCCCUGCGCCUCGCCGCACCCCGCCCUCACCCCGCGUGACCAGCAGCCGCCCACCCCCCACUCCGUGUGCAGCAGCCCCGCCACCAGCUGCUGGAGUGAAGCCUCCUCGCUGCCUCUGCCCGGCCAGCCCGGGGUGGGGGCGGGUGGAGGGGCGGGGAGGCGUGUGCAUGCGCGCAUGGCGAUGGUGAUCGCGGGGAGCAUCCGCGGGCUGGUGGGGGCGCUGGAGGCGCAUGCGGUGGGCAGCCGGGGCGACCUGGCGCUGAGCGAGCUCUUCCUCAUGAACAACCUCCACCACAUCGCCUCCCGCCUCUCCACGUCGAGCGUGGGCAAGCUGCUGGGGCUGGCGGAGGUGGGCGCGCAUGCCAAGCACGAGGAGCGGCACCGCGACCGCUUCCUGGAGCUCUCCUUCGCCAGGUUCCACUGCCUGGUCACCAACGACAGACUGCGGAGACCCGACGCCAUCCGGCGAUUGGUGGAGUUCUGCGCUGUGCUGGGAGAUGUGCUAGCCAUGCAGCAGACCUGGGUGGUGCCCGACCCCCACAAUGCUGCCACGCUGCGCUCUGCCCUGCGCUGGGGCCUGCAGCAGAUGCUCCAGGCAUUCCUCGCCAAACACAGGUCUGUGCUCCUUGCAACAAGUAGCAUUUCAGAGAUUGACGAAGCAUGGCAGCUAAUUUCCGAGGUCAACAACAGCCUCCGUGCGCAUACAUAA